AUGUUUCAACCAUCCCAAAAAAUAAGAGAAGCUACCCAUGCAGGUAGUUGGUAUAUUGGAGAUCGAAAGCAAUUGGAUGCCCAACUGAACGACUUCUUAUCAAAAGCCAAAGCGGAAACUAUACCGAACAUAAAAGCCAUUAUCGGACCACACGCUGGCUUUUCUUAUUCAGGACCAACAGCAGCCUUUGCAUACUAACACUUAGUGCAAAAAGAAGGAAUGAAAGUCUUUUUACUUGGACCCUGUCAUCAUACAUAUAUCAAAGGAAUAGGAUUAUCUGAACUGGAAAUUUAUGAAACACCACUUGGCAAUAUCGAAUUAGAUUAACCAACAAUAAAACAAUUAAGUGCAGAAUUGAAAAAAAACUUUAUAUUUACAAAUAAAGAAGUUGAGGAAGAAGAACAUAGUUUAGAAAUGCAUUUGCCAUUUAUUUAUAAAGUAUUUCCAAAAUGCAAGCUAAUUCCUAUAAUGGUGGGUGCAACUACUGAAUAACAAGACGCUUAAGUGGCAAGUGUACUAGUCAAAUAUUUUGUUGAUCCAAACACUGUGUUUGUCAUUUCAUCUGAUUUCUGUCAUUGGGGAAAGAGUUUCCGAUACACUCCUUAUAAUAAGGAACAUGGAGAAAUUCAUUAAUCAAUAACAUAAUUAGAUGGAUAAGCAAUUAAAUUGAUUGAGUCCCAUAAUAUUCCAGAAUUUUAUAAGUAUCUUGAGGAUACAAAAAAUACAAUAUGUGGUAGACAUCCAAUCUGUGUUUUACUAAAUAUAAUCAACCUUAGCAAAUUGCAAUUACGAACACAACUGACUAAAUAUAAUCAAUCAAAUCAAGUGACAAAGCCAAAUGACUCAUCUGUGAGUUAUGCCGCAUUAGUGACUAGUUUAAUAUGAAAUUAAUAAUUACACAAUAUAUAUAAUUAAUUCAAUAA